GCACUCUCGAGGCCCAGGACUCUUCCUCUUCACUGCGGGAUUUCGACUUGAGUUCCCUACCCGCAACUGAUCGAUCAGAGAGCAUCAUUUACUGUAGUCGUCCGAGUUCCGCAGCCGUGGCGGCGUUCAGCCCCAACGAUGAUACAGUGGCUAGUGUUUCGUCUGUGCCAGUGGAUCAGCAGCCCAGAUUGCCACGCCGUAAAUCCCUGGAGAGUGGGCAGGACCUGACAAGAUCAGGACUGGCGGGAAGCCGUCACCGCCGGUCCAAGAGCGCAGAUCCCUGUUUAGAGCCCAUCGCACAGGCAAGGAGUCGACUCGACUCCGCUGGCUUUCGUAAUAGCAAGGGUAGCAGAAAUACUAGUACUCCAGACAACGCCGACGUUUCCACGGAGUCCGGAUUUAUUGACGCUGGUGCGGCGCUGUCGGAACCUACGACAUGUAGUUUACCUAAGGGCCGGAAGGGAGAAGACGAGAAGGACGAUGAGGGGGUCUUAGAGAGUUCGAACGAAAAGCAGCCCCAGCAUGUACAACCAAAGCCGCGCGCACCUCGCCAACGACGAGAGAACGCAUAUGCGGGGAUCACGCCAGCUGACGGCAGCCCCGCAUCAGCUCAACCAGACAGCGUCUCUGACAGGAAUAGGCAAGUAACCCUCUUUGGACCCAGUGGGAAACGAAUUCAACAGUCAGAGGAACCCCAUGAGACUGACCAAACGCUCUCUGGUAGUCAGGAUGGCCUACGGUCUGGACAAAGGGGUCUUAAACUCUCUGACCUGAUGCUCUCUGGGGCCAGCUUGGCACCCUACUCCGUAAACCAGCACGUUGAGCUUCAUACCUCUCCUCGAAUGAAUUCUAUGGCAGGACAGUUAAUGGCAAAAGACAACCUUUUCUCCGAUUCUCUGUCUUCUAUUAGCGAGGAGAGGUCGCAAAAUCUGGACCUGUCAGCGGAGCAUCCGGGAGAACCCCGAGCCAGUGACCGGAAGUCCUCGUCUGCUAAAGGACCACCUGGGGAAGGGGACUACGCGGCUAGAGAACGCAGUUCGAAUGCCAGCAGUUCUGCCCAAAGUUCUCUGCCACACCUUUCGGGCGAAUCGGGAGCUGAUGUUUUUGGUCCGCCAGACAUGUUACCUCUGUUUGUUGUCUCCGAAGAGACUGGCCAGCAUUCAGGCAAUGAAAAACGAAAGCCGAUAGUCGGUAACUCAGAGUGGAGUCUAGAGGACAUUGAGAGCCUGAGUCAGGUAUCAAGUGAACCGAGUAAGUCCCCGUUGUCUCUCUCUUUCUCUUUCCGUCUCGCAUGCUUCUUGUUUCUCUCUUUCUGA